GCCGGGGGAGGGUGCGGACGGCGCGGGCUGAGCGCAGAGACCCCGCCCCGCCCCGGGGGGACGCGCCGCCAGGGGCCGCGGAGAAGUGCGCCGAGACGCGCGCCGCGCACGGCGGGGCCGUCCAGGGCCGCGCUGCGGGUCGUGGCGAGUCGGGAAAUGUCAGGCUGUCCCCGCCCCGUCCCCCGACCUGGGGCCCGGGGUCCAGCGCCCGACUGCCCUGCGGUCAGGUCGGCGCCCCGGGCUGCGCGCAGCGGGGACCACGAUGGCACCGGCGGCGUCCAGGCUGCGGGCCGAGGCCGCGCUCGCCCAGUACCUGCUGCUGCUGCAGCUCUACCCACUGCUCACCAAGGCGGCUAGCAGUGGCACUCUGUUGGCACUUGGAAAUGUCCUGGCUCAGAUGAUCGAGAAGAUGAGGAAGAAUGAAGACUCCCAAAAUCUGGACAUUGGUGGGCCUCUCAGAUACGCAGUUUGUGGGUUCUUCCUCACAGGCCUGCUGAGUCACUACUUCAACCUGUUCAUGAACCACUGGAUCCCUCCCAGGGCACCCUGGGCAGGCGUCAGGAGGCUGCUUCUGGCCCUGGUCUUCGCACCUGUCUUCCUGCUGUUAUUCUUCCUCAUCAUGAACUUGCUGGAGGGAAAGGACACUGAGACCUUUGCCACCAAGAUGAGGAGUGGCUUCUGGCCUGCACUCAAGAUGAACUUGCGAGUGUGGACACCCCUGCAGUUCGUUAACAUCAACUACGUGCCCCUGCAGUGGCUGGUGCUAGGUGCUGACCCGCCUGGCCUGGCGGCUCUGCUGUGGUACAUCUACCUGGCCUCUCUGGGGAAGUGACGUGGCAUGGGGAGGACGUCAGGCGCACCUGGACAGGGGAGAGCAGUGCCCAGUCAGGACUCCUUCUGACUUUAAAUCAUGUGAUUCGAGAUGUCUCAGAACUGUGGUUAGAAAAACGGGAUCUCUAACAGUGAGAACACUGUCAGGUGGCAGCUGCCUGGGCACAGAGGUGCCUCACCGCCUGGACAAGAGGUUGCAAUAAACGGAUGCAGCUGGCUGCCUGGUGUGGUUUCUCAGAGGACACGUCACUGGGUUUCCCGACUGUGCAGCGCAGGUGGCGUAGCUUUCUGUCCGAGCACAGGCCCCAGUGGCAGGAAGUGCGUGCUACGUGGCCACUGCUGCCCUGUGCAGGACUUUCCCCUUCCCAAGCUGAAGCUCCCCUCCGGGAGCAGCGGCUCCCCCUCCCCAGGCCUUUCUUUCAGUUUGAGUGCAGGUGCCUCCUGUGGGUGGAGUCACAGGGUAUUUGACUUCACAACUGGCUCAGUCGCUUAGCAUAGUGUGGGCCGUGGUUUGAAUGUGUCCCCUCAAAAUUUAUGUUAAGCUUAACCCCAUUAUGGGGCUAUUGAGUGGGAAUUUCAGGGAGCAAUUAAGUCCCUCGUGAGUGCAUGAAGACCCUUAUAGAAACGGCUUCGGAGAGGGUGUCCCUCUUGCUCCUCUGUCCCUACCUCAUGUGGGACAGUGCUGCUUCCUCUGCAGAGUGCUCAACAUAGAUAGGAUAGAUAGUAAAAUACAGGCAGGCAGGUAAGGCAAUGGCCCCCCAAAAGGCUUCUCUAAAUAUAGAGGCUACUCCAUGGAUUAACCUGUAGGAAUGUUCCAAAUAUCCCAGCUGACUCCUUCGUCUCAGAGCAUCAGAAAAAGGGAAAGAGGGACAGACCUGAGUGGAGCCUACAGACUGAAGGGCACAGUUAGGUCAUGGGCCAGACCAGUAGCCUUGGCACUUUUCCAGUGCCUGAUUAACACAGUGGUCAAAGCCCCUGCCCAGUAGCUACACUGACCCUAGACUAGCAUGCCUGAAUGGCAACCUGCCAUCAGACGCCCUCCUGCCCAGUGAAAUGAGAGCUAUUUCUUUUCUUCUCACUUGAAUAAGUCCUACUCAUUCACAUUCACUCCUCCUUGUGUGUGAAUUUCAUUCUUUUAAUUUGC